AUGGCUCGCGUUGCCGAGUCGCGGAAGAAGCGUCCAAAAUCCAUUACUUUCGAGGUGAGGCUUCCUCCGGCAGAAGCCGAUAGCCUUGCCCUUGAAAACGACGUGGAGGCAUGUGUGCACACUGCACAUCAAACCCUGCCUUGCUACGGGGUGGUUCCUUAUUCGCUUCAUCCCUACGCAUUAUUUCCCGUGGAAACAGAUGGUAGAGCGCGUCAAUUGAUCCAGUUCAUGCAUAGCGAGGGGGACUACAUGUAUCGACCAUUUCGGAAUGAGUGGUUUGCAAUGGCCAUCAUUGACUCCACUGCCUUCUACCUCUCAUUGGCAAACGCAGCAUUGUUCUUCCAUCAGAUGACUGAACGCAGAGGCUGUGAGCAUAGUGACUCCGAGGAGUCCUCAAAGUACCUCAGCUUGUGCCUCAAUCAAGUGGCUCAGAGGCUUGAGAUGGAAUCCCACAAUAUCAGUCAGGGUGUCAUUACGACGAUCUUAGGAUUUCUCUGCCACGAUUCUACUGUCGGCAAAUGGAACCGCUACGAUGUCCAUAUGAAUGGUCUAAGCAACAUUGUCCGGCUUCGCGGGGGCUUUCAGGCUCUGAACAGCAAUACCGUCAUGUUCACCUCCUGGUUUGAUAUCCUCGGCGCCUCCGUUUUCGAUUGCAAGCCACGCUUCUCGCUUCCUAGUGGCUUCUCUACUCCGAGCGUUCAACGCAGCUCAUUGUCUCCGUCUAUGCAAGAUCUCCUCAUACGGAUUCGUAACUCCUCCGAGGAACUUGCGGAAAUGGCAAACGCCCUGGAAAGAACCGCGCAUUUGGCAGCGUUUGUGAAUAAUAAUAGCGUUGAACCCCUAUUUUGGAAAGACGGAGCCGCAGCAGCGAAACGAAUCACACCUGUCCUGCACUUUCUACUAUCAUUACGACGACCCACGGACGAUGACCCAAAUAUCAGCCCCUCCUCGGAGGUAGUGCUUCGCGAGGUGGUCAGACUCGCCUCGCUCAUCUUGAUUGCCAAUGUGAAGCAAGCUUUUUCCCUCAUAGCAGACGAGCUCACAAUCUUGCAGCAGCGAUUCUCGGCCUACGCCUCCAUGGCAUCUCAUACCGACACUUGCUUUCCGGAACUCAGGCUUUGGGCUAUUAUCAUGGUCACUUCAUUGCGAUUCCAAAUCGAUAAACUCGAUGUGAGGGCUACUGUCAAUGCGAUGAGAGCCUUGGGAAUUGAAAGCGGCAAGUCUGCCAUUGAUGUCGCGAAAAGUUUGAUCUGGAUUGAUGAAUUGAUGGAGACGAGAGUCCCCGAAGUCAUCCUUGAAAUUGACCACGCUUUGUGUUUCUCUGAGACAAGUUAG